GUCUCUACACAAUUCGAGCCUCUGCUGCUGCUGCUGCUGCCGCUGCUACACGAGUGUUUGCAGUCCACUCGAAACCAGUCCCGGACGAACAGCCGCGCACGUGUAUGCGUACGAAUGUGCGUGCGUGCGUGCGUGCGGAGAGAGAAAAUGGAUGGGAGAUGAAAGUAGACGAAGAUAUAACACCGCGAGGCCAGAAAGGUUGCUUAAUUUGUCUAACGAGGGCUCCCUGCACCUGUCAUCUGGACACGGAGAUGGACGAGCGGACAAAGUACGACCAACCCCCGUCGGCCGAGCUUCGUCUCUCCCCGACUGUUUAAUUUUGGACUAUUUGUUGGUCGCUUAUUUUAUCUGCAAGCAAAAUGCCAGUAGAUCAGAUUCAGUAUUCCGAAAAGUACAGUGAUGAUAGAUACGAAUACCGGCAUGUGAUACUGCCGAGUGAUAUAGCCAGACACGUUCCAAAGACUCAUCUCAUGACGGAAAGUGAGUGGAGAAAUUUGGGCGUCCAACAGAGUCCUGGAUGGGUUCACUAUAUGAUGCAUGGACCAGAACCGCAUGUUUUAUUAUUCCGCAGAAUGAGACCUGAUAUCGUAACUAUAUCUAGAUGCGCUGCUUUACAGAAAGAGCAGGCUAUACAGUCGGUUUACACCAUGUGAAUCCUAUAUGAUGAUUGAGUAUGAGAGCAAUCAUUUUUUUGGUACAUUUGGAAAAGCGAGCAGCGACCUUUUCCUCCUUACAUCCCCAACAUUUGUUCAAGAAGAGGAUUACGAAUUUCAUGUAUACCACAUGAUGCAAGCAAAAGGACUUCAAUUGAGAAAGAAAAACAGCUGGUUGAAGAUGGAAGAACAAUUAGAAGAGAAUAAUUUUGAAUAGGACAAUUCGAUUAGCUAUAAAUAUAUUGAUAACUUUGUUACUAUUGAAAGAUUACGUGAUCUGACAUACUCUGCGUUUAAAAUUUUUAUCACUGUAUUUCCUUACUUUGUAAUUCCGCCGUUUAUAUCGCAUGUCUCUCUGUGCGGCACGCGAUGAAUAAUUGCGAGUCCGUUUAUGCAUCAGCUGAAGUUUUUGUACUUUGAUUAAUAUAAUGAAACAUUCUUUCUAAGUAGAGUUGUGUCACGCAUCGUCUCGUUCGAGUUAAUAGUAAUAUUUAGUGUAGUUGUCUAUAUCUUUAUAUUAGAUUUCGAAGCGUUGUAACAUUUGCUCAUAGAAUCAUGCAAAUUUCCAUAAUUAAGAAAACUAAGCGUAGAUUAACAACUAUUUCGAAUGUAUCAAACCUAAAGUACAUGCGGAUUUAAUAAAAUUUUUAUAACUA